UCUGUGUCGAGAUACAAACGGUCUCUACUAGAGUAGAAAGCUAAUUGUAAAAAGAGAAGUCCACUUUUCCGUAUUGACUGUGAAUACUCUAAAACAAGUACAUCCCUUUGCCCUCGUAUGUCGAACCAAGCAGGCAAAUCGGCAAUGCAGACCGGUGAUGAAGAGGACUCGGACUUGACGGAUCUCCUCCAGAAUCAAAUGGGCGGCAGCAAUACUACCAGCGGGACGGAGACGGCACGCUUCAAUCUCGACCACUUAACCCAAGGCAAAAUGAGUCUUUCACCCCGCAACACCUCUUCCAAGAAGGCGGCAUUUCUUGAUGUGGCUUCAAGCUAUAUUUCCAUGCUUUGUCACUAUUACCCCGGGCUUUGCGGUUUUUUCGUUUUUCUCGGCAUUGCUGCUACCCUUGCACUCUUGUCGAAUCUCUUCUUCAACCCUACCGAAAACCUCGGUGUGAUCAAGCACGAUCAUUCGAAUAUCAAGUCGGUGUACGAUGUUAAAAUGGGUCAGAUCGACCACUGGUGCUUGAAAGGCGACAACGACAGCUGCCGAUGUGAAGACCCCUUGAAUCCUAUUAGUCGAGCGGACCACAAAUCCUGGGUUCAAGCCUUCAAAGCGAAUCGCAGACUCGUCAAAGAAUUCCAAGAUCCCAUCAAGGCAGCCACCCUGGACGUGGCCUUUCUGGGGGAAUCAGUCAUUGAAGAGAUGGAUGGGCGCUGGAUGGGUCGCAAUCGAUCCGCUGGUCUCGGCAAUAUUGGCAAAACGUUCAAGGCGCACUUUUCGAAGCAGAAGGGAGGCACUCUAGAAGGAGUAGCCUUGGGAAUAGCUGGCGAUACAGCGCCCAACGUGUUGUGGAGACUUAUGCACGGAGAGAUGACCGACUACUUUAAUCCAAAGGUUUGGUGGAUCGGUCUAGGAAUGAAUGAUCUGUCCCGAAUGCAGUGCUCGGAGGAGGUGGUUGUCCUCGGCAUACUGCGAGUUGUCGAAGAAAUUUUGGAAAAGAAGCCCAAUGCUCGCAUCGUAAUCAAUUCGCUUCUGCCAAUGGUCAGUGCUCGAAGCGGAGCCUAUCCAAUUAUCAGUGAUUACCAGGACUCCUUGGCCGCUAACUCCACAGUCACCCGAAAGAAGCGAAGUGGAACGGCGAACGCCGCAUUUACGGUCCCUGUUGAAAACCGGCUUCUCAAGAGCAAAGAUAAGGAAAAAGAAGUCGUAAGGCCCAAGCGUGCGCCCACCGAGGAAGAAAAAGAUGCAGCAGCACAAGAAGAAGAAGAAGCUCGCGAUAAGGCGGCACGUCGUAAGCGCAAGAAAAUUGUUCGCAAGCAAAAAGACCCCGUUAAUCCAAUUAUGAAAGACCGCCAGCGUAUAAAAAAAUACACUCCCGGGACACUGCAUUUGAGGCAAAACAAAAUUCCAUUGUGGAACUCUGUUCGUGCCAUCAACGCCCAACUUCGUAAGUUCGCCGGGAAACAAGAUCGCGUAUCUUUCUUUGAUGCCACGGAUAUUUUUGCCACCCGCGAAGAUGGGCAGCGCUAUGUGCUACAGAGUGACCGAAUCAGCGCUCGUGGUCACCCGACGAAUCGUGGAUACAUGCUGUGGGAAGACGCCAUUGUGAAACGUUUGGACGACGUUCUAACCAAAAUGCGACGCGAUCAACCAGAUCUCUUUAGUAUUCCUACCUUUCAAAAUGAUGAUGACAGCAUGGACAUUACGCAAGAAACUGGAGAUGGGUAUUCCGCGGAAGGCGACGAUUUUGAGGACGACGCUUUCGGCUACCAGGAGGACGAUUUUAUUGCAGAAAACAGGGAAGUCGAUAGCGAAAACACUGGAUCGUCAGAAUUUGCGCCGCCGAAGGAUGGCGGUGUCCCGGACAGUAUGGAUGAUGAACGUAGUGAUGAUGUGUAAGAAGGUUCUCUUUGACGGUUGGCACAAUGCAAUUUCUUUAGUAGUGAUCUUUUUCUUGUGGAUACAUAUCGUAGUCCGUGCAAACGAAAGAUUUGAAACACUUCAGGGAGACGAUGAUUACGUGCCAUACUUCUAAAUAUGAUCACUCUAAAAAGGCGCACACAC